AUGGAUCCAGAGGAGAGAGAGCAGUCACAGCCUCAGCCUGAGGAGCCUGUGACCUCCAUUGAGGAAGAUAGCUCCAUUAGUGAGGGCCAAUGGAAAGCUAUGAUGGAUGUGACUAUGGCGAUCUACGAUUACCGUGAGCCAGAUGGUCAUGACCCCUCCCGACUUUUCCACCGAAGUGUCAACAAACGCCUUGUCCCAGACUACUACGAUAUUAUCAAGGAUCCUAUGGCUCUGAGUAUUCUCAAGCAAAGAAUCAAUAAGCGCGAGUACAAGCACUUUGGUGAAUUUGUGCGCGAUUGCGCUUUGAUCCCCCACAAUGCGCAAACCUACAAUAGACCUAGAUCGCAAGCCUACGAGGAUGCGCUCGUGAUAAAGGACGUUUUCCGUGAUCAGAUCAAUAAGCUCGUGGAAAUUGGUGUGAUCAGUACCGGAGAGUCUGAAUUCCCCGAUCUGGGAGAGAUCCCAGAAGCAGACCCGCUACCUGAUGAUGAUGAGGAGGAUGAAGAUGAGGAAGAGGACGACGAAGAAGACUCCGAGGACGAAGGACGCCGCCGAAAGAAGCCUGGUCCAAAGCCUGGCUUCAAGCGUGGUUUGAAGGAUGCUCAAAAACAGGAACCAGACGCCCGUAAGAAGCGAGGACGACCCCCGCGUGUCGAUACCCCCAUGGAAACUCGAAUCAAGACCAUCUUGAAGGGCAUUCGGAAAUUCAAGGGCCCUGGUGGCCAUUUGAAAAUCAGUCACUUCGAACGUCUCCCAGACAAAGCUUCUUACCCGGAUUAUUAUAUGGAGACGAAGGAUCCGAUUGCGGUCGACCUCAUCAAGCGUAAGGCUAAGCGCAAGAAGUACAACUCUGUGGAUCACUUUAUGGAGGAUCUGGACCUCAUGUUCGAGAAUGCCAAGUCCUACAAUCAAUCCGAUAGUCAGAUCUACCGAGAUGCCUCUGAUUUACAAGUCGAGGCUCGAAAGUUGGCCGAGCAGGAGAAGAAGAAGCCAGACAGCGAGUACUUGAUGGAAGACGGGCGGUUCCCCCUGCCGAAUGGUAUCUUGCACCGAGGCGAACUCUGGAAGGUCGGAGAUUGGGUCCACAUCCAAAACCCCAACGAUGUGACCAAGCCUAUUGUGGCUCAGAUUUAUCGGACAUGGCAAGAUUCUGAGAAUGAACAGUGGAUCAACGCUUGCUGGUAUUAUCGUCCCGAACAGACAGUUCACCAUUUCGAGAAGCACUUCUAUCCUAAUGAAGUGGUGAAGACUGGUCAAUACCGAGACCAUCGCAUCGAUGAGAUUGUUGACCGGUGCUUUGUGAUGUUCUUCACUCGUUACAGCCGAGGACGUCCACGGGACUUGGCCCCCGACAAGGAGAUCUACGUUUGUGAAGCUCGGUACAAUGAGGAGAAGCACAAACUCAACAAGAUCAAGACCUGGGCCAGCUGUUUACCAGACGAGGUACGCGACAAGGACUAUGAAAUGGACCUUUUCGAUGUGUCUCGAAAAAUCAAAAAGGUUCCCAGCCCUAUCAAGCACCUUUUGAAAGAGGACGCCAAGGAGACGGAUGAUCUCCCCCGACCAACCUGGGGAGCAGACAAUGCGCCGCCAGUAGUCGGUGCUGUGCAUCGUCGCCCUCGUGAUGAGAAUGAAUCACCACCACCAGAGCCAACCCCAUCUCCGCCCCCACCCACCAUGCCCUCAGCUCCCAUGGCAUCCGUUACACCUCGUCAACCAAUGUCUCAACCUCUUAUGAACACGGGCAUGGGUGUUCCCAACCACCCCGUCGCAGCUCCGCUCCAAGCACCCAUACCCACACCUACAGUGGCUCACACAUCGCCGGUUCCUGUUCUGCCAUCAGCAUUCCAAGCACCCAUGAACCCUCAGAUGUACCAAGGCCCCAAUCACCGGCGCCCAAGUAACUUUGUACCUCAGACUCCAACCAGUGCCUAUCAAGCAUCACCAGCAGCGCGCCCAUACAGUGCAUCCCAGCAGCCAACACCAUAUGUAGCAGCAGCCGCCGCCGCCGCCGCCGCCGCAGCACCUUACCCCCUGAACCGUGCCGCAGCACCAGCCUACAACCCCAAUGCACCUCGCUCAGUGGAAGUUUUCCAUCUAAGCGACGCCGCGAACUCAGCAAUCCCACUAGACGUUCGACAAAAGUUCCAGUGUGACGAUCGAGGCCAUGUAAUCUGGUUCUCUACUCCACCAAUGGACAUCAUCCGACCUCGGGAUCCAAAGCUCAAGCACUCACUCGAGUAUCUCGCCAAACAGAGCGAACGCCAAAAGCAAGUUGCUGAGCGGAAACGCAAGCGAGAAGAGGAAGAGAAGCAACGAGCCGAUGAAGUGAAGCGUCUCCGUAUCGAGGAAGAAAAGGAACUUGCUACCAGGAUCGCCGCUUUAGCUCCAAGGGCUAUUAAGGCUCUAGCAGAGCAAGUAGCUUCUGGUACUGAGGAACUUUACAAGAUACUCUACGGUGAUGAGGCGGCUAGUGCGCAAGCGGCAGAUUUACAAUCUCAGGAGAGGAGGCUCCUAGUUGAGCGUGCAGCUCAACAGCAAAGUGAUCAGAUUCAGGCACAAUCUCUUCCUGGCAGUGCCAUGUAUGGAAAUAUGUGA